AUCAUAAUCCACGUUUCUGGGGGAAUACAUUAAGAAGACGGACAAUAAAUACGGUAUACCAAUAUCAAUGUUUUCUUCAAAAUUAUGCUGUAUUAAGGGAUUUUCAAGCAGUCCUCUUCUCGCUCUGAAGUCUUUUACGUGUGUUCUGAUCGACUCGUCUCAUGGUCAAUGCACAGUCACUAACACGCUUGCAGCACAGUGUAAAUCUAAACCUCAGAGGCAAGUUUGUAAGACUGUACUGAAGCAUUUUGAUGCACAGUACAGUGAAGAGCUUGGAGAGCAGUGGUGUAGUGCAAGGGAUGUGCUUCUGAAUCCACUCUCAUGGCAAUACGGUGUCCUGCUUAAUCGCUUCAGUGACCUUACAAACCUCAAGCAGUGUUUCACAGCACUUGGAUACACAAACCUCCUUCCACAGACACAUCCUGAAUCCCAGUCCCAUACGACACACAUCCCCCUGCAGUGUUUUAUUCAUCGGGAUCCAGUGCGUAUUCCCACCCAAGGCCACCACCCAGGCUGGUUAAAACAGUAUUACCUCCUGAAUGCAGCCUCUCUUCUCCCAGUACUGACUUUGAAUGUGAAGGAAGGAGAAAAUGUGCUUGAUCUCUGUGCUGCUCCUGGGGGGAAAAGUCUGGCCAUAUUACAGGCAGCCACUCCUGGUCUCUUGCACAGUAAUGAGCUGGAUAAGCACAGAUAUGAUUGGCUACUGAAGACUUUUGAAUCAUAUUUUCCUCCUACACUACGACAUCUACUUUCAGUGACUCACCUGGAUGGCCGGAGCAUUGGCAGCGUGCGGCCAGGGGCUUACGACAAGGUGCUUGUAGAUGCCCCGUGCUCUAAUGACCGGAGUUGGCUUUAUACCCCUGAUACCCACCAAGGGGAAAUGUGGCUGAAGGAGAGAACUCAACUACCACUCUUACAGAAGGAGCUGCUCUGUUCGGCACUAGCAGCAGUGCGUCCUGGAGGAGUGGUUGUCUACUCCACUUGCACCAUGUCACGAGCCGAGAACCAAUCAGUUGUAGAGGCUGUCCUUGCGUCUUAUCAAGGAGUGGAGCUUCUGGACCUGGAUCAACAGUUAAUUGACUCUUUGUCUGAUCAUUUCUACUUUGCUCACCUCCGUCCUUCAGUGGGACAGUUAGUGAUCCCGCAAAAAGGUAAAACUUGGGGACCUAUGUAUGUUUCUCGAUUACGGAGAAUAUAUUAAAAACUGACAUUGUGCCAUGGUGCAGCGGUAGUAUUUUUAACACAUCAGAGCUGGGGUGCUCACAGGUUUGAAUCCUGACUGUCUAUCCUCCUAACCCUCUUCACUAAACUAUCAGAUAAAGAAGCAAUAAAUAAAUAAAUAAAUAAUAUUGUUGGAGAAUAGUUUAAUUUUAUUUGUAUUAUUAUUUAAUAUUUUCCACAUUUCAAAACGCAAACAGCAAUAAUGUGAAAUUAUAUAUAUAUAUAUAUAUAUAUAUAUAUAUAUAUAUAUAUAUAUAUAUAUAUAUAUAUAUAUAUAUAUAUAUAUAACUUUUGUAUUUUAUUAUAUUUUAAAGCGAUUUAUUUCUGUGAUGGAAGCUGAAUUUUCAGCAGCCAUUACUACAGUCUUCAGUGUCACAUGAUCCUUCAGAAAUCAUUCUAAUUUCCUAACAAUGUUGGAAACAGUUGUGCUGCUUGAUAUGGAAGCUAUGAUACUUUUCCUUUUAGGAUUCACUUUCAAAUGAAAAUUACCCCAAGCUUUACUCACCCUCAAGCCAUCCUAGGUGUAUAUGACUUUCUUCUUUCUGAUGAACACAAUCAGAGAAAUAUUAAUAAAUAUCCUGACGCAUCCGAGCUUUUUAAUGGCAUUGAGUGAGGAUCAACGAGUAUGAGCUGAAGAAAGUGCUUCCAUCCACAUCCAUCCAUCAUAAACAUAUUCCACACGGCUCCGGGGGGUUAAUAAAGGCCUUCUGAAGCGAAGUGAUGUGUUUGUGUAAAAAAAAAUUAUCCAUAUUUUUAACAAGUUAUGAAGUAAAAUAUCUAGCUUCCACCAAAUUAUGAAAAAAACGAAACUGGCAUCAAGUCAGUUAAGCUUUUUCCGUAAGUUGAAUAGGGAAGGCGUAGGACGUAGCGUAAGCUUUUUAAACUGCGAGAGUUUUACACUUCGUAAGUUGAAUAUGGAAGGCGAUCUGGCGAAGCUAGAUAUUUUACUUUAUAACUUGUUAAAUAUCUUUUUUUUUUUUUUUUUUUUUUUUUUACACAAACGCAUCGCUUCACUUCAGAAGGCCUUUAUUAACCCCCCGGAGCUGUGUGGAAUAUGUUUAUGAUGGAUGGAUGUGGAUGGAGACACUUUCUUCAGCUCAUACUUGUUUGGUAACGCUGGAUAACAUCAGGAUAUUUAUUAAUAUUUUUCCGCUUGUUUUCAUCAGAAGGAAGAAAGUCAUAUACACCUAGGAUGGCUUGAGGGUGAGUAAAGCCUGGGGUAAUUUUCAUUUGAAAGUGAACUAAUCCUUUAAUGAAUAUAAUAUAUAUUUCUGAAUAUGAAUAUAAUAUAUUUCAAAUCAUUUAUUUGAAAUAGAAAUUGUUUCCAACAAUGUAAAAGUCUUUGCUGAUGCUUUUGAUCAAUUUAAUGGAUCCUUGCAGAAUAAAAGUAUUUCUUUCCAAAAAAA